AUACACGCCAUUUUCAUUUAGAAAUAAUACUAUAGCUAAGCAAGCCCUUGUUUCUAAAGUAAACGCUUCAAACUGAGCUUGAUCUAGUUCUAUGUCUGCUUUAGGACCAGUGCUAGCCUAUUUUUUUCUACUUUUCAAACUAUGCACAAGUCUAUCUGAUUAUAGACUUGGUACUUUAAACCGAAAAGGGAAAAUCGGAGAUACCUUUCAAUUCGGCAUUAGACUUCAUCCAGAUCUUUUCAAAAAUUCGGAUGACAAGACUUUUCAAAUUCAGUUAUUCGACAAAAAAGACUCGAGAGUUAUUUAUAACUGUGCUAAUGGGCCGGAGGAUGAGGAAGAUUACCCCGUGGAACUACCAGAUGGCACAUCCACACUCAUAGAUGCUCCACAAUCAUUCACACGUAUUCGCCUGUUUCAGUUUACCUUAUUUUCGCCGGGAUCGUAUGGUAUUUCCAUAAAGCCCACCAUAGACACAGUGAAUAAAAAAAGCCAAUUCUCUAAAAAGGACAAGAUACAAAAGAUACAAAGAAGACAGGCACGUCCUGGGGGACUGAACCAAACAAAGUUGAAUGAAGACAUACAGACAGAGACAGUUAUAGUGGAAAAUGAGGAGGCCAAUAUCCAACCUAACGACUGCAUUCUGAAUGAAACGUUUACGGUCAAUUCUGAAGAGGCACGAAGUGACCACGCAAGAGCUACUGUAGUGGACCCCCUUGAUCACAUAAUACUCAAGAGAAAAUGUGUGGUGAAAACAUGUACGGGAAGAGGCGAGAUAAAAAACACCUGGACGAUAGAAAGAAUUCAAAGCACCUCUUACCAAAUAGGAAACACAGAAGUCUGCACCAAUUACCGGAAAAUUGCCAGGGUGAACCUUGCGAAGUUGAUUUCUCUGAGGACCAGGCAGAGUUUGAAAGUAAACAUGAGCCUUCCUUCUCUGAUCAUUCAGCCAUCGUUACUAGCUACAGACCAGUACUACGUCUGCCUGGUUUUGAUGAAGGUCAAGUACACGCGGCGAGUCUGUAGCGUUUUCGAAAUCAAGGCAUCUGAUGUUACAGAAGAUGACCUUCAACUUAGAGUCACGCCGAAACAAGAGAGCUUUACCUGGACGCAAAAUAGUGACAUACUUAUCAACGCAACCGAGACGAUCCUUAUUUCCGAAACAGUAGAGUCUGGCUACCUGCUACAGCCUUCCAUAAGAUUUAACUGGACCUGCCAGAGCACUGGGACCAUGUGUGAAACAAUUAUGAAUUACAAUAAAUAUGAAUCACUGACAAGUAUAAGAACUAGCAUCUACAGAGCCAGAAAGGAAGAGAAGUUGAUGCUUAUCAAACAUGAUUGGAUGGUUAUAGGGGAAACUGUCACUAUCACCUGUAACAUCACUGCCGACCCCUCCAAGAAGAAGAUACUAUUUAAAACCUUCCAAAAGCAGAUCUCUUUCUACACAAACUUCAAGCACAUAAGAGACCCUCAGAUCACUAUUAGAUGCCUCGCCAACUGUUGGUGGUAUGUUGUUCCACAAAUUUCUGUUCUACUGGCCGUCUUAUGUCAAGAAUGUGAGGAUCUGACGUUAAGUGAAACACAAAUUUCCUGGAGUAUAAGUGUACCAACUGUCAAGAUAACUGGACAAGGCACUCUGUACCUAGUGAUUUCAAACCUUAAAGCCUCGGAUUUACAAGAGUUUUUGGUCACACUUAACAUUAUUUAUAUUCAGCCAGAUUCUAAAAUUCCAAAGGAAGUUAACGUGACCCGAAGAUUUGUCAUACCAUCAAGCAUGGAGCCGUCUGAUGUGGACACUAUCAAAACAAUUAGUGAACCAGAUAAAAUUAUUCCUGGACAGCCUCCCAGUACUGUAGACUUGGACGUGACACUGAACAAGAAAGGAAGAUCGUACCACUACCCCAUCAUCUAUUUCAUCAAGGUUUACGGUAAUGAUCUGGACGAGACGACAGCUUUUGAUGAAGACAAAGAGGAUGAUACUUGCAGUGUGGGAGAGACUCCUGUCCCUGCUGAUCACAGCUGCGCCAAAUUGUCCCCAUUCUCCAGCUGGCAAGCCAGUCUUGACGGAUGUACAGCAUCGAAUGAAUUUGCACGACUGGUGGUCAUCACUUCAGCCACCAAGAACAAUAACCUCUUAAAUCUCGCAGCACAGGUCAAAAAGGCUUGGAUUGGCUUGAAGGUCAAAGGUCAAAAACAAUAUUGGAUAGGCGGCGCCGUAUCGAGUUAUGAGAAUUUCAAUGCUGAGUGGUACUCGUCUAAUGAGACCGAGGAGAUGAUGUGUGUCUAUAUAGAAGCCAGCGGAAAGUGGGGAGUCUCGGAAUGCGACGUAGCUUUGGAUGGAAUUUGUGAAUAUUACCCAUUCAGGAAAGAGAGACUCUACUAUGCACUGAUUACUCCCACUGUUCCAACCGAUAUGCUGAUAGAAUCAGGAGGAAGGAACAAGAUUGCUGUCUUGGCAGAGUCCGCAACUGGAACAUAUUUCCUUGAACGCGAGGCUCUGUAUGAGCCGCUUCAACGUGACGACCUGUCUUUGGAUGUUAUCAUAAAUCUUAUGUCGGAGGAAAAAAAUAACGAUUUAAUGUACAUGGCUUACAUAACUGCACGCUUGAGGCACCUUAAGGACAGUGAGAAGGAAACAUUGAUUCCUAUGCUACUGAACGAAUUGUCAACAGAGAGAGACAACAUCAAUUUUGGUAACUUCCACCUGGUACUGGUCUGCCUUGAAAGAAUUAUAAAAAAUAUCAAUUUAAAUUUAAUCAACUUGAACAAAGCUCAUGAACUUUUGUCCUAUGUUGUGGAGCAGCAGUUUCAAGUACUAAUCCACGCAACUCUCAAUCGUGUUCUUACAAAUUAUGAGAUCAAUAUCCUCGACAACAUUGUUCAAGUUUUUCUUGCCCUAAAACAGGUGGGACUGCUGCCUUCGGGCCCAGAGGAAUUAAUUAUAUCCGAAGGAUUGAUGAACACUUUGGACUCUAUUCUAAGGCUGGUAGCUGGAGAUCAAAUUAAAGGUUACCCUGAAAUGGACAAACGCUCUCUAACCAACUCCGAAGUGUUUACCACCUGGAUAGACAGCUCCAGCCGCAACGUGGUAGAAGUAGACUUCUUGUUCCACUACCUGUACAUGGACAUGGAGAUCUUUUAUCAAGGCGUGAAUCUGUUUUCUCUAGACCCUUUCCUUAACAUUGCAGUCUACACAUCGUUCUGGUCCCUCCUGCCCAAUGAACAAGGAGGUGCAAUUAUUGAUUUACCUCUGCUUGUCAUAAGCGUGGAACAGAAACUGCCCACUCAGUACGCCCUUGAGAAGUUCGUACCGGAUCGUUACGAUAUACGUUUUAAACAUGAUCACGUCAUUGAACAAAAAGAUCGUUAUUUUUUUAACAUGAGAACCUAUUUGGAUCAAAGUGAAACUGACCAGGAGACUCCAAAGCAAACAGAUCAAGUCCAAACUGGUUCUAAUAGUUUUUCCGAUUCUGACUGCUUACUUAUAAAGGUUGAUAUUUCGCAACAUUACUCCACGAUGCUACAUAUAACCGGCUUAGAGAAGAUGAAAAUGGAAGUAAGGGCUAGCCUGUACAACAGCUAUGCUGAGACACUGGACAUUAUAAAUGAACCGCCAAUGAUUCUUCCCAGAAACGAAACCACUUACAAAAACAUGUUGGUGAAGGAGAAUGUCGUCUUUCUGCCGAAAUUAAGUCUGAAACAGUCAAUCACUUCGGCCGGUGGCCACUACUUCGUUCUCAUCAAUUACGCCAGGGAUCAAGAGGUCAAGGGCAUCCAGGCCGGAAUGUCCACAAUAACUCUGGAGUGCACGCACGUGUCUUGCUUCUGGUGGAGCAUGUACGACGACAAGUGGUUUUCCAAGUUCUGCAGAGAAUCAGCCCACACCCAGCACGGACAAAAUAAAAUACCCAUCAUUAGCUGCUUUUGCGACACGGGAAACAUCUUCUCAGCCGGAAGUAGCCAGUGUUCCGAAGGACAUUUAGUUGACUGGUCAUCCUUUGAGUUAGAGACUCUGCAGUGGUUUGACCUCAAUGACACAAAUCUGUUCAUGGCUUACAUUGUGUUGUGUUUAACUAUGGUGUUUGUAGCGUUACUUGUCUGGAGCGUACGAAAAGAUCGACUGGAAUAUUACGAGUGCAGGACGCACGUGGCGCCCCAGCUGUUUAGCCCUUGGUGUACUAACAACUACAUCGUGUGCAUAUCGACUGGAGUCAUGCCUCGCUGCGGGACGACUGCUAUACCGAGUAUCACCUUGAUCGGAGACGAAAACUUCAGCUUUCUCAUCUCUCUCGAGCCCUUGAGAGGGCUGUUUAGGACAGGCUCGGAGGUGUGGUUUCUGCUGAGCACCAGGGUACCUCUUGGUAACUUAUUACAGGCUGUCAUCUCCGUUGAUAAAACGGGAAACAAUAGAAACUGGUUUAUAUCACACAUGUAUUUGAGACAUUUGGAAACUAAAAAGGAAUGGUACUUUAUAUGUGACUCAUGGAUCCCUGAUACCAAAACUAAAAAGCCAUUUAUCAUUGUUGAUGCUAGCUCCACGCCUGGCAGUCCAGGGAGGCUGAGGUUGUAUGCUUUCAUUCAUCACUUUCGUAUGCACCAGUUAGUUGUGGGCAGCUUCUUCAACAUGAGCAACGGCUACACAAAGACACCUCACGUGCUACUGAUGUGGCUCACCAUACUGCUCAAUUUCACCAUCAUCAACGCAUUCAUGAAUCUGAUUCGAGUUCAAUUGAGAAGUGACGCCGCCGCCCUGAGAAAGAAAUCCAGCGAGAAUGUGUAUACUUCGGCUACUAUAUACUCUGUGAUCAUAACAUCAUUGAUCACCUACUUCUUGAGCCUCGUCUUUCAAAGGACAAACACUAUCAGCUCUCUGGACUCCAUAGAUUGGAAGACAGAGUUUCAUUACGAGUCUUCAAGAGAAGCCGGCACUAGAACAGCUGCAGACAAACUACCAGACAUAGUAGACAGUAACGAAGACACCAGAGCGUCUGAGAUGACAUCCGAGCUCAUUGAUAGUCCGGAUCCGAAGCUGAGGUCGGAAGCUUACAAAACAACCGGACUGAGUUCACCAGAGAGUACAGAUAAACAAAGAUCUGGGGAACAGUCGCUAAUGAGUGAGAGGACCAAGUCACAACGAUUGUCUUAUAACAAAGUGUCGAAAGGAAGCCGAAACCUAAACACCAACUCUCUAUCGUCUGCUUCAAAGUUGAGAGUGAAAAGAGUUGGAAGUCCAGUUGAUCCAGAGUCUGACAGGCUUCGUAUUCUCGCCUACCACAAUUACAUUGAGCUUUUAGAGAAUCUUGCCAUAGCUUAUCCAAAAGGAACUUGGCGAAAAAAUAUCUUUACUAGGCAUAAAGCAUCUAUUCGACACAGUUAUCCGUUAAUACAAACCUGCUUAAUGAUGCUGCCAACUAUCAUCUUCUUGAGCUACUUCCUGGCGAUGAACGGCUACUUCCUGGGACGAAACUGGAACUUCAUCUUGUCAGCCUUGGCGGGUCUCCUUGCUAUAAUCUUUCUGUUGCACCCAUUCUAUAUUUUUCUGUCUCUCCUUAUGAUGGAAGGCCUGAAUUUGUGUCGCGGCGACGCGGAUGUUCGUUUGAAAGCGUGUUUGGAGGCACUUUACACAAAGGCCAAGUGUACAGCCCUUGGCAAGCUACGCCCACGUAGAGUGGUGAACUUUGAAAACUCUGAGAUCCCGCCCACCAUGAUAAGAUACUCCAAGCUGAUCGCAAAAGCUUCGAAAAAGUCCACGGAAACAGUUAAUUCUGAAGAGAGUAAAACAGAGAAAGAGUCUGGGAGGGCGGACAAAAUCUUUACUGUCAUGUUUAUCCUGAUGAUCAUAUUCUUCAUCAAUGUGCAGACCGGAGACAUACACAGCAGCUACUUGCAGUCACAGUACAUCAAACGUCUGUGCCAGGUUGGUCGCACGGAAAUCAUACUAGACACGAGUUUGUUGAUGGAGGAUUUCUGGUACAAAAUGAGGGAAAGUUUUUUUUCCAAGCCUAGUUACGUCUUAAACUCCCCUCAGACCACAUCGACAUAUAAGGCUGUUUCAAAUGGAAGGAUACAACAGUACCGAGUUUUAAAUCAAACUGAUUGCAGAGAGAAGAACCCCAAAUUGAUAGAACCGUUAUGUCACUUUGACGUGGAAAACACAGAACAAGACACGCGACAUUUUGCUUUCACUUGGGCGAAGCCAACUACCAAAGUUGUGCCAAGCGGGCCAUACAAACAUACGCAAACAGAACCUUAUGUAACGAUCAAUCAUUUUUAUCCUCCAGGAGGGUAUGAAGUGGUGUAUUCAAUCAGGGACACAAAGCCAGUUAUGAUAGAUUACCUGGAGUCCAAGAAUUGGGUUGACUUCUACACCAGAGCCGUCAAAAUUGACCUUGCCCUUUACAAUGCUGACACGAAGAUGUUGACAGUGAUAGAGCAUGUGUUUGAGUUCACAUCUAUUGGUAUUACCCAGGAGAGCAUACAAGUGUCGACGUUUCCUCUCAUUUACAGCAAAGACUCUACAAAUAUGCUCUUUUUGAUGGUUAUUUUAAUUUCAGUCUUUAAUGUAGCAUUUGGAAUAGCAGACAUUAUACUGAUCCACCGGAGAGGUUUUCGAAAACACUUUUCUACCUAUUUCUCCUGGUUGAACCUGUUGGAAAGAAUCUUCUCAGUAUGCGUAAUAGUUGGUUUUCUUGUCAAAAUGUCUUAUACUAAACGUGCGGUGAAAGAUGUACAGAACGUGUACUUUGAGAACAAAGAGGCCACAGUGUACAUUGACUUUGCUUUUGCUACCACCAUCACAACUUUCAUCCAGACCUCCAGCUGUAUGAUGGCGCUUGUUAUAUUCAUUAAAAUUAUUUUAAAGUCUAACAACAUCCCAGCGUUGUCGCAGUUUCUUAUGUUGGUGCCUCCCGUGUUCUCCCUCCUGUACCUGCCCAUUCUGACCGUCAUGUGCUUCGCCUACAUGGGCUACGGCUUCUUCCACGACAUGGAAGAAUUCCAGAGCUUCCUUAGCGCCUAUUUCACCACCACCAACUUGAUGCUGAACCAGAACGUCAUCAAGGAGAUCGUGGAGUACAAGAUCCUGAGCGUCCUCUACAUCGUCCUCUACUUCUCCGUCAUGAACUAUAUCGUCCUGAACUACUUCAUCGUGCUGCUCACGGAGCACUACGGCCGCAUCAUGGAGGAACGGGUGGAGCAGGAAACAGAGAGCCUGCUGCAGACUUUCAAGAAAUGGUACCAGGCUCAGAAACUGGAAAAAACAGAUCUAGAGGAUACAAAGGAACAACAGGAUAAAGAAGAGGAGGAGGAAGAUGAUUCCCUUGAUAACGAUUACAUAAGUCUUUCACCAAACUCCAUUGGAUAUGGUCAACUGAUCAACUAUAUGAAUUCCCUCAGCGAAAAGAAUAAAGAUGAAAAGAAUACAGAUGAAAAGAAUAAAGAUGAUAAGAAUAAAGAUAAAAAGAAUAAAGAUGAAAAGAAAAAAGAUGAAAAAAAUACAGAUGAAAAGGAUAAAGAACAAAAAAAAUUAGACAGUUCAAAGAAAAAGUAGAUUUUAUUAUUUUAAUUAAUAAUGUGUACAAGAAGAUUAGAAGGUUCUUAACACUCUACAAUGUUAUUUUGUCAGGUACAGACCUCUAGAUUCUUUAGAAAUAAUUGUGCAAUUUAUGAUAUACAGAUACAAUUUGUAAAAUAUUAUUGUGAAUUAAAAAUAUUAGAA